GUUCCAGGCACGCUGAUACAGUGGUGAUGUGAAAAUUAUUGAUCGCCUUUUAUGCCUGUGAGGUUAGAUCUGUUACCAUGGAUAAACAUAGGGAUGGUAUUUACUACAAGUUGCUCUCUGCUAAAAGCCAAGGCAUAUUUGGAACUUCCAGACAUGAUGCUACUUCAAGACUGUCAAGUUACCUGACAUAUUGUCGCUUACGUUCUUUUUUACGUUUGCCGGUUGUGUAUGCUGAGAUACCUUCAGCAACUGAUGUCAUAGAAAAGAGAAUGGCAACUCAGAAUGUUAAAUCAAAGGCUAUAGUGACAGAAGCUGAUGUACAUGCAUACCUGUUGAAAGAAACUGGCAGAGACAGACUGAAAGAGAUGUUCACUAGAACAGAAAAUGGGCGCUACAGCACAGAGAUUGAAAAUAUUGGCAUUACCAUAACAAAUGCCUGUGGAUGUGCAUUUGUAUUUUCAUCAAUCAUCAGUAGUAGAAGGGCCAGGGAUGAGUUUUUGGACAAAAAUAAACUCACAGUUUUCACAACAAGGUUUAAAGCAGCAAGACUUAUGAAUGACAGAAUAAUAUUAACUGUGUUGAAAGAUGGAGCCUGGUGGGCCCUGAAGUUGGGAUGUUUCUUACUACCAUUCUUAUUGGUAUCGCAGAGUAUAGCAGUGUAUAGAAAUAAAAGUUCACCCUUUGAGUAUGCUGCUGGAAGCUUCUUUUCUGGAUGUAUGAUUAAGAUGAAUCUUGGUCUGAAAGCCAGUCUGGCAGGAGGUGUAAUUGGAUCUGUAAUGGGGCUUGGAGCAGGGCUGGCUAUAUACGGCAUGAUGUAUGCCAGUGGUGAACUCCAGGAAGACAGGCACUUUAGGGAAAUUCAAGCUCUACUAGAAACACAGAAAGAACAUGAGAUAAUGUUUACUAGUGUUAUACCGCAGCCAAGUUGAAUUAAUGUAUGUUUAGAAGAGUAGACGCCGAGGUACUCCUACCAGCGUGGUGAAAAAUUACCUAACUACUGUAUACUGACAAUUGUACGUUAAAGAGCGGAUGAUACGUAUGUGUCUUGAUGUCUUUGACCUUUGAGUCAUCCUGUAUAAAGGUGGAUAUAAAACUAAUAUGAGUGCCAAUA